GUGCAGACUAUUCUCACGUAAGAAUAGCGACCUCGAGCGAAAUGUGGACAUCGUAGGAUUCAGGAAAGGAGUUGGAAACAGCAUCAAGUAUGUCACUAUCACACGUUCUCGAAACACCUGCUUCUGGAUUUAACUUUGAAAACACGUCGAGAAAUGCUGCGUUGGAAGGUCUUCUUCAGGGAGGAAUUCCACCCAAACCCCUAAAGACAGGGACUACCAUAGCUGGGGUAGUGUGCAAGGAUGGAGUGGUCCUUGGGGCAGACACGAGGGCCACCUCAAGUGAAGUGGUGGCUGACAAGAUGUGUGCCAAAAUCCACUACAUUGCCCCUAAUAUAUACUGCUGUGGUGCCGGCACAGCUGCAGACACACAGAAGACCACCGACCUCCUGUCCUCCAACCUCACCAUCUUCUCCAUGAACAGCGGACGGAACCCUCGUGUAGUCAUGGCUGUCAAUAUACUGCAGGACAUGCUAUUUAGGUACCAUGGGCAAAUCGGGGCCAAUCUGAUCCUGGGAGGGGUGGACUGCACUGGGAACCACCUCUACACAGUGGGGCCCUAUGGGAGCAUGGACAAAGUGCCUUACCUUGCCAUGGGAUCCGGUGACCUGGCAGCGCUUGGGAUUCUGGAGGACAGGUUCAAACCUAAUAUGGAGCUGGAGGAUGGCAAGGAGCUGGUCCGUGAUGCCAUCCACGCAGGCAUCAUGAGUGACCUGGCCUCUGGAAACAACAUAGACGUGUGUGUCAUCACCAAGCAGGGCGUUGACUACAUCAGACCCUACCAGUUGUCAGAAUACUCAGACAAGAGGGUGAGGAGAUAUAAAUAUCAGCCUGGAACAACACCUAUUUUGACUGAGAAAAUAGUCCCACUGCAGUUGGAGGUGGUGCAGGAAAUAGUCCAGCGGAUGGAUACUGCCUGACACGGCCUGAUACGGCCUGACACAACACCUCAGUCACGACAUAACAUUCAGACUCACAAUUGACUUCACAUUGAAACGCUUGGCAUAAUCAGAUGCACCUUUGUCAUUUUUGUAAGGGUAAUAUCCCCAGUCAAAUUAAUAAUUGUUCAGGGUUGAUCAUACACCCAUGUUUAAUAAAAGGUUCAAUAAAAA